AUGUUCAUCCUUCUUCAGCUUUGGGAUUCUUCUAAUGGACACAUUGUUUUCACUACAUCUUUCAUAUUAAUUUAUAUUUUAACAUUUUCUGGGAACCUUAUCAUUAUCAUCAUCUGCCGGGUAGAGAAAACGCUUCAUACGCCAAUGUACUUCUUCCUAAGUCAUCUUGCAGUGCUGGAGAUGUGCUACAUAUCUGUCACUGUCCCCAAAAUACUUCAUAAUUCCAUUUCAGGAGACAAAACUAUUUCAUUUGUAGCCUGCCUUACCCAAUUGUAUUUUUUUGGCUCCUUGGGGUCAACAGAAUGCUUCCUUCUGGCUAUAAUGGCCUAUGAUAGGUAUCUAGCUGUCUGCAAACCUCUGCAUUAUCAUACAGUUAUGACUUCCAGGUUUUCUAAUUGUUUGGUUGGGUGCUGUUGGUCAUCUGGAUUUUUUUCCACCAUGUCCUCAAUUCUUCUAAUCUCUACACUGCACUUUUGCGGCCCAAAUCAAAUCCAACAUUUCUUCUGUGACAUCUCACCACUAUUGAAGUUAUCAUGCACAAACGUUCAUCACACAGAGACCCUCAUUUUUCUUUUGGCUUCUGUAAUACUUGUUGGAUCAUGUGCUGUCACUCUGUUAUCAUACUUCAGAAUUCUAUCCACUGUGCUGGCAAUAGCUUCAAGUGCAGGACGGGGAAGGGCCAGUUCAACUUUUGCUUCUCAUCUCACUGUGGUGACAAUUUACUACAGUACUAUGAUUUUCGUCUAUGUGCGUCCCAACACUGGUAAUGCCUCCAGUUUUAACAAAAUUCUUUCUGUGUUAUACACAAUUUUGACCCCUCUUCUAAACCCUUUCAUAUAUUCUUUGAGGAACAAAGAAGUUCAAGGGGCUCUUACCAAAACAAUAGAAAGAGCCUUUUUAUAUGCACCAAAAUAA